UCACCAGUCACUCAGCCCCGCGCACUCGCCAAGGAGGAACUAGUUGGAGCAGCGGCGGCAGUUCAUUACGCGAACUGCUGGAGAUACUGUAGCCGACUCACCUGUGCGCACUCACUGCCACUAGGAGGACGGGAAGCACCGGGAAGCUCGCUCGAUUUCAACCCGCGUACGAAGAAGACAAGACGCUUUGACCGGGGGGGACAGUCGACUCCGCGGCCGUAUCUCGGACCUUCCUGUUUUGUUUGUUUGUCCCGCACGACGCGCCAAGUUUUUAUCACUAAAGGAGCGAGGAGAUUUUAAACCAAAAGUGACUUGUAAGAUAUCGCGUUGUUUUCACUGUACUGGUUUUGAGAGUAAAAUUCCAAAGAGGACAGCGUGGAGGCAUGGAGGGACACGUUCGUCGAUUUGGGUUCGGAUGUGGGAGAAUGGUCGCGUUGCUGAGCCUGGUCGUCUUCGCUUUUGCCCACGGAGCCUCGGGGCAGAAGGUGAAGGUGGAGGCAGAGGUCCUCUCCUACCCGGGACAGACCGUCAACCUGCGCUGUGCAUUUACCGACGCCACUGGGGUCCAGCUCACCAUGGUGACGUGGAUUUACGAACCCAAGGACGGGGAGAGGAUCAACAUCGCCGUCUUUCACCCAAACUUUGACCCGAAUUACCCGGAAUCCCCCAUGAAAGGUCGAGUCAGCUUCUCCCCCAGCCCCCCGAACCUGGCCAGCCCCUCCAUCCAGAUCCAAGACGUCCGAAUGACCGACGAGGGGAAGUACAUCUGCGAAUACGCCACGUACCCCAGCGGGAACGAGCAAGGGAUCACGUACCUGGUUAUGCUCGCUAAACCCCAGAACGCCGCCUCCACCGUCACCGUAGAAGCCGGGACCAAGAACGUGGUGGUGGCUCGCUGUGAGUCUCUGAACGGACGUCCGGCGGCCAAGAUCAGCUGGGUGACCACGGCAAACGGGAACGCUACGUCCGUGUCCAAGUCCGGGGCCGAUAACACCGUAUCCAUCACCAGCGAAUACAAACUCAUCCCCACCGCCGCCGACAACGGAAAGGACAUCAGCUGCGUGGUGGAUCACCGCACACAGACCAAACCCGAGAGCUUCCCCAUGAAACUGGCCGUUCAGUUUCGUCCCCAAGUGACUAUAACCGGCUACGACAACAACUGGUACGUGGGACGCACCAACGUGAUCCUGACCUGCAACGCCAACGGAAACCCCAUGCCCACCACCGUCCUGUGGAGAGCGAUGUCUGGAGAGAUGCCGGACACCGUGCAGGUCCAGGACAAUCAGCUGAAGGUUCUUAAAGUGGACGACGCCGUGAACACCACUUUUGUUUGCGAGGUGAAGAAUCGCAUCGGCCUCGGCAAGGACCAGGUCACCGUGUUCGUGAGGGAACCCGUCGUGGACCCCUCCAACGCGGGUGUGGUGGCGGGCGCUGUGAUCGGCUCCCUGCUCGCCCUCCUGCUGGUCGCCGCUCUGAUCGCCGUGCUGGUGACCCGUAGCCGCCGGCAGCAGCAGGGUUACCGCGCCAACGGGGGCAGCGACAUGAAGACGCGCAUAUUCGGGGGCGGGAAGAAGUCCAGCAAAAACGGCACCAACGGCGGGGCGGGGACCGGCGGCGUGGGCGGGGCCAACAACAACGGGCCCAUCUACGUUUACAAUGAGAGCACCGGGCACCAAGGCGUCGGCGAGAAAAACAACCACCACCAGCCCCUCACCAUCGGGGGGCGCCCCGAAGGUGUCGGCACCACCCCCACGGCCCAAGACAUCCUGCUCAGCAAUGAUCUGGACGACGCCGAGAGGAGAAAGUUCGACGAGCUGGAGGAAGACGAGCGGUACGAUCAUUUCGGAGGAGGGGCCCCGAUCCUGCAGCUGCGCCCCCACGACCAGGAUCACAUCAUCGGCGACUACCUCGACGACGAUAUGGAGUCGCAGCGGGAUGGCUCGGUGAUCUCACGGACUGCGGUGUACGUAUAAAGCGAUCGCGCGGAGGAGGGGAGAGUCCUUGUAAGGAUUUGUCUGAAAAGAGAAGAGAAAUGUAUCCACUUUUAUUUUUUACGAUUGAUUUCAAAUAGUCUAUUGUUAUUAAUCACCACAGUGCAGCCUGAUUAUGGACUGAAGGAACCGGAGGAAGUUUUAUCAUUGGAUCUCGGCUCAAAUCUUGUCCCUUAAAGAGAAAAGAAAAAGAACUCUCACCGAAAUAGAGAUGAACUCGUCUCCCACUGCUUCUGCUCACCCUAUUGCAAUGACUGGGGCCUUCACACGGACUUGACUGGCGUACUAAAAGAGGAACUGUAGUGUAGGAGGGUGAAGGAUUAUGUCACUUCUGCAUCUGCGCAUAAACAAUGGAUAUAUUUGUGUUGGUGGGAAAGCAGUCUUCCAAUGGGAAACCUUUUCUGUAGGCGCUGUCAAAGAAGAUCGGUAGUUUGAUACAGGAAAAAAAAGAGUCUUCAACAUCAAGAAAUUCAAAAUGAGGACACUAAAUUUCAACUUGUCUUCGCUUAAAAGUACAAAUUCAGGUGGUGCCGUCUCGAGCUUAAGAAUCACUUUGCAAGCUGUCAGCGCGUACCUGGAAUGACAUAAAAACUGGGUUGACAACGGCGGCAUAAACCGAGCUGAUUUAGGGAGCGCGCUGGAAAAACUUUGGUGCGGUUUUUACGAUCAGACAGAAAUGAGGUGUGGCUGAUAUCACAGGGUCACGGGAUGAGCCAAGCGAGGAAGCGAGGAGUUAGGAUUUAGGAGCGAGGACUCGGGGAGCUAACAGUAGUUUCACAAAAAUAAAAAAAAUAACAACUUUUUUUUUUUUUUUUUUUUUUUUACAAGCGUGCGAGUGAAGUUGGCGGGCUUCACAGGGUCACGAGAGGAGCCGAGUGAAGAAGCAAGGAGGCAGGAGCUAGGAGUUAGGAGCUAGGAAAGGAUGUGGCCUAUCCCGCUCUCCUCUUCAGGGCAAGAUCCGCACUUUAAGAACCAAUUUUUCAACUAUUUUGGCAAAAAAAAAAAACUUUACUAAGCCAAAGUUAUUGUUUUCAUGAGUGUGAGGUGAGCUAGGAGGUAGGAACUAGGAGUUAGGAGCUAGGAAAGGAUGUGGCCUAUCCUGCUCUCCUCCUCAUGGCAAGAUCCGCACUUUACGAACCGAUUUUGUUAAUAUUCAAACUAAAAAAAUAACAAUAACUUUGAUGCAGAUAAGUUUUCAUGAGUGUGAAGUGAGCUAGGAGAUAGGAACUAGGAGAUAGGAGCUAGGAAAGAUUGUGGCCUAUCCUGCUCUCCUCCUCAUGGCAAGAUCCGCACUUUAAGAACCCAUUUUUUUAAUAAUCAAACUAAAAAAAUAACAUAAAAACUUUGGCUUAGUUAAGUUUUCGUGAGUGUGAGGUGAGUUAGGAGGUAGGAACUAGGAGAUAGGAGCUAGGAAAGGAUGCGGCUUGUCCUCUUAUUCAGUUCAGGGCUCUACAAUUAAUAUCCACACUGGGAAAACACACAUUUGCUACGAUUAAAUCUAAAAAAAUAACAACUUGGAUGCAGAGAAGUUUUACGAUCAUAGGAAAGUGAGGUGUGGCGGACAUCACAAGGUCAAAAGGAGCUAGGAAGUAGGAGCUAGGAAAGGAUGUGGCCUAUCCUACUCUCCUCCAUGGCAAUAUUUACACUUUAAAAACCCAUUUUGCUAAUAUUCAAACUAAAAAAAUAACUUAUCUGCGUCAAAGUUAUUAUUGUUUUCAUGAGCGUGAGGUGGCAAAUUUCGCAGGGUCAUGAGAUGAACCAAGUGCGGAAACUAGGAGGUAGGAAUUAGGAGGUAGGAGGUAGGAAAGGACGUGGCUUUUCGUAUUCUGUUCACGGCUCUACAAUGAAAAUCCGCACAUUUGCUACUAUUAAAACAAAAAAAUAACAACUUUGGUGCAGAGAAGCUUUACGAUCAUAUGGAAGUGAGAUGUGGCGGACAUCGCAAGGUCAAAAGAGGGAGGAGCUAGGAAAAGAUGUGGCCUUUUCUCUCCUGCUCGCAACUCUACAGCCAGUAUCUUCACUUUAAAGCUACCAUGUGUAAUUAGUUUGCGUGACCCGCCCUUGUUGUAUUGUCAUUUGUUACCACUAUCUGUUAUCUACGUUGCUAUUGUCUGAAAGUGAGCCCGAACAAAGGUUAUGUGAAGGGGGAGGAGGAACAGGUUUUACAUCUGUUGCUGGUUUAAAAAAUCAAAUAAAUUGACAGAUGGGAUUUAACAGCUUUAAGAACACACUAAAAAUGGCGUAGAGAAGUUUUACGGGCUUAAGGGAGUGAAGUGUGUCGGCGUUACAGGGUCAAAAAGGAAAGGACAUGGCCUAACCUACCUUCCUCACAGCUCUAAAGUAAAUAUCUACACUUUAAAGAUGCAAUCUGUAAAAAUAAUCAAACAGAUUUACACAUGGUAGCUUUAAGAACACACUUAAAGCAGAUGAAUAACUUUGGCACGGACAAGUUUUACGAUCAUACGCGAGUGAAGUGUAGCGGACGUCGCAGGGUCAAAAGAGGAAGGAGCUAGGAAGUAGGAGCUAGGAAAGGAUGUGGCCUAUUGUCUCCUGCUCAGUCAAUAUCUUCGCUUUAAAGCUACCAUCUGUAACUAGUUUGCGUGACCCGCCCUUGUUGUAUUCUCAUUUGUCACCACUAUUUUUUGUCUAUGUUACUACUGUUUGAAAGUGAGCCCGAACAAAGGUUGUGUAAAGAAGGAGGGAGACAGGUUUUACAUCUGGCACUGGUUUAAAAAAAAUCAAAUAAAUUGACAGAUGGGCUUUAACAGCUUUAAGAACACACUAAAAAUGGUGUAGAGAAGUUUUACGGGCUUAAGAGAGUGAAGUGUGUUGGCGUUACAGGGUCAAAAAGGAAAGGACGUGGCCUAACCUACCUUCCUCACAGCUCUAAAGUAAAUAUCUGCACUUUAAAGAUGCAAUCUGUAAAAAUAAUCAAACAAAUUUACACAUGGUAGCUUUAAGAACACACUUAAAAUGGCCCAAUAACUUUGGCACGGACAACUUUUAUGAUCAUACGCGAGUGAAGUGUAGCGGACAUCACAGGGUCAAAAGAGGAAGGCGCUAGGAAAGGAUGUGGCUUAUUGUCUCCUGCUUACGACUCUACAGUCAAUAUCUUCGCUUUAAAGCUACCAUCUGUAAUUAGUUUUGGGUGACCCGCCCUUGUUCUGUUCCCAUAUGUCACCACUAUUUGUUGUCUACGUUACUGCUGUCUGAAAGUAACCUGAACAAACGCGAGGCAACUGAGGAGGGGGAACAGGUUUUACAUCUGGCACUGGUAAAAAAAAAAAUCAAAUAAAUUUACACAUGGGCUUUAACAGCUUUAAGAACACACUAAAAAUUGCGUAGAGAAGUUUUACGGGCUUAAGGGAGUGAAGUGUGGCGGCCUUACAGGGUCAAAAGAGAGAAAAGAGAGAGAAAAGGAAAGGACAUGGCCUAAACUACCGUCCUCGCAGCUCUUCUGUCAAUAUCUACACUUAAAAGAUACAAUCUGUAAAAAUAAUCAAACAAAUUUACACAUGGUAGCUUUAAGAACACACUUAAAACAGUCUAAUAACUUUAGGACGGACAAGUUUUACGAUCAGACGACGCGAGUGAGGUGUGGCGGACAUCGCAGGGUCACGGGACGAACCAAUGGAGGGAGCUAGGAGCUAGGAGUUAGGAGCUAGGAAAAGAUACAUCCUCUCCCACUCAGGCCUGUCUAUUCAGAGUGGCGCUGACAGGAGGAGCCUGAUUGGUAAUGAGCCGUGAAGUCGCUCUCUUAGCCCGCACCAACAGAUUGCCACCACUUAUCGUUUAUGACGCGGCUUUCCCCCCCCUCCUCCCGUCGCUCCGUCAUAUUUCCAUCCCUCUCUCUCUCUCUCCCCCCGUCGCUCUCCGCGUACCCCUCUCUCCCGCCGGCGAUUCCUCCCCUAUUCGCGAUCGUUUAUGUGCGGGUUGUGAUUUAUCCGCGCCAACGCCGGGGUCACGGCUACCGAGAUCGAGAGAGUAUUUUACUGCCGUCCACGUGUCAAAAACCCCACUUACUCCGUUCCCAUCCGCCUGCAGCGCACAAUCCAACUCUGUCACUUGAAAAAUGCCGCCUCCGCCGCCUCCUCGUCGGAAAUCGUCCCGAUAUAACGCCCCCCGACACCCCACCUUGACCGCGUACGAGCGAGAUAGAUUUUCAAUGGCCGCGCGUUAACAUUUCUUUCCAUUAGCGGAUGUUAUUAAAGGUAGUAAAUUGAUCUGGAAGACGUCUAAAGUUGCAGCCAUGUUGGAAGCGAUGGAAGCCGUAUUGACUUAACAGGCCAGCUCAGGCUCUUUACGGUGCAGCUUUAAGGCCCGAUUGUCUCUUGACUGUUAAUUUAUCCUGCUAACGAGUCACCGGAGAGCCACUCUAGCAAAUGGCUCCUCCUCCGUGGCCACUACACUGUACGCUGUCGACGUUUAUGUAUGGUGUGUAUUACCGGGAAUCCGCCGAGGAGGAAGCUGGCUCUCCCAAAUGCAUUAGUGGAAGCAUUUCUAAUAAUAUAUUUCCUGGCAUUUACCUAAGUCCACCUUUCGACCCACUUGGAGACUCUACCGAGCAGAAUUCAGGUCACAGAGAAAGGAGGCGGCUCCGUUUUAAAGUGCACACGACCGGUUUUGCAGCAGUUAAAGGUGCUCGUCUCUGCGCAGAUGUCAUUGCUUUGCCUUGAAUGUUCCAUAGUAUGACUUUAAACAUUCCACACUAGCGGUUUUGUCAUUCCUGGUGUUUCUAUCGCUCAAAAACAUUCCUUCAGUGAUUAAGGAUGAUGAUCUUUGUGUUCACUUUAGACUGUGGAACAUUCUAGGCCCGGGGAAUAAUGAAUAAUAAUAAUAAUAAUAAUAAAAUAAACAAAUACCAUGGGACUUGAAAGACAGAUAUUUUGUUGUAAUGCGUCGUAAUGAUAAUAAUUACGCGAUAUUUUGAUAAUGUGCGAUAUUUUUUCUACAUAUCCCACGUUAUUUUUGUCUCUUAUGAGGUGGGUUACCAAAAAAAUCCACUACCAUCUGCAAAUUUUAGAACCCUUCGUCAAAAAGUUUUCCCAACCCCGUUCUAGACAAAGCAAUAACAUUUUCUGGCGAUAUCAGGUGUUGGACCCUCCACUCAAAAUAUUACACAGUGCAGCUUUAAGUAGCGGCAGUUUGUGGGAAAAAAGCUGAGUCCAAAACUUGAUUUCUCAAUGUCAUUUCGCAGAAAAUUCCAUUCAAAUUGCUGGAACAAUUUGCACGCAAGUAAGGCGUUGUUUUUCUGGCAGUUUAAGCUCUUAAACUAACAGGAUAAACAUUUUGGCGUUUUAUUUGUGUUAGUCUAAUCUAUUGUGCAAUUUAGACGAGUUUGGCCCAUGUAAACGGCACUGGUUGCUAGGAAACGAUUAUUAUCUAUACAUAUGUCAUAGGUGAUACCAGUGUCCUACCAAGAAGUAAAAUGAUGCACUUUUAUAAUGAUUUGUAGUAAAAUUGUAAGUAUUAUGUUAAAGCUGCACUGUGUAACUUUUUGGUUAGGGGUUUGUCACUUGCUUGUUUCUAUGGAUAUGUCGUUGCUUUGCUUGGAAUGUCCCACAGUAUGACUUUAAACAGCUCCCAAUUACAUUUAUUCAAUUACAAGUGGUUUUGUAGCUCAGAAAUACUUAAAAAAAAAAAAAAAAGCCGUUCGGACUCUGAGGGGAUCACCUUUCCACAGAUCUGACCUGUGUCACUUGCCUGUUUCUAUAGCUACGUCAUUGUUCUGCCUAGAAUGUCCCACAGUAUGGCAUUAAGCCGCUCGCAAUUACAUUUAUUCAAUUACAGGUGGUUUUAUAGCUCAAAAAUACCAAAAGAAAAUAAAAAAACAGCAUUCUGACUGUGAGCAGGGUCACCGUUCCACAGAUCUGACCUGUGUCACUGUGUUUCUAUAGAUAUGUCAUUGCUCUGCCUGGAAUGUCCCACAGUAUGGCAUUAAACAACUCGACAUUACAUUUAUUCAGUUACAGGUGGUUUUAUAGCCCAAAAAUACUUUAAAAAAAGAGGUAUUCUGACUCGCCUUUCGACAGAUCUGACCUGUAACUUGGUCUGGUCUGGUCUCCGUGAAGAUAGAAAGGUUUAAAGCCAUACUGCGGAACAUUCCAGACAAAACAACAACAAGCAUUUGACGUACAUCCUCCACCAGAAAACCUACACAAUGCGUCUUUAACUCCGUUUCAGUUUCACGAGUAAUCUAAGCUGUCGUGUGCACUUUUAAAGGGUCAGAGUUGAAAAGGUCGAAAUUGUUACCCGGAGUACAUUUCCAGUUCUCCGUAACUUGACGUAACGCAAGUCGACCGGAGCUUAUAGAAUUGCUUUGCCGUUGCGAGGACUGCGGACCUACAGAAAGAAGCAGAUGCAGAAGAACCGGAGGGAGACGGGAUGUAACUUGUCGUGUAGAACGCCGGUGUUUUUAAAGGGAUUGUCGUUUUAAUGGCCUUAGCUUGUACACAAUGUAACUCCUGGGGACGUGUGGGUAAAAAAAACGGCGUACCGGACAGACACAGUAGAUCUCACAAAUGUAUUAUUUUUGCACUUGUGAAUUUGAAACUGCCGAACGGGACAAGUGUUGUGUGUACAUUUUGGUGUGAGGUAUCCGUGUACUAUAUAUGUAAGCAUCUUUAUUUUUCUUGUGGAAAUGUGGAUAUUUAUGACCAAUGUAAAUAACAAAAACGGGGUUGGUGAAAUUUACGGACUUAGGCGGGGGGAAAGGGUGAAGUAGACUGUCUUGAGAAUGUAAUUUGAUCCAUUGUAUUUUUGUUUUUUUUGUCGGUUUGAACAUGACAUACUGAUCUUACACGUGAGAAUCAGGUGUUUCAACGGACUUUAUGUUAUGACAAUGUAAAAUUACAAUUGUUUUAAGUUUUUUUUUUCACAAAAGCACAUCUUAUUUUGGAUGCCUUCCUCUGAUAUAUCUGUAAAACUCUUCUAGUUCACGAAUUAAACCAUGGAUACAAAAAAAAAAAAACAAGAGCUGGGCGAUGUGAUGAAAAUGUGGCUUUUGGUAUAUAUGGACUUCUAUACUUUCACCAUCCUCUCCUCCUAUUGGUUAGUUUUUGAAGUUCUGAGUGAUUGACAGGUGGAUUUAACCAAUCAGCGAAGGGUGAACGGUCAGAAGAGGAAUUUUGGUUUUAGUUACCUCUUAUCAAAACUGAAAUAGUGAUCUAGGCUUUAAGAAAACCAUGUGACUUUUGUUUUGUUAUCUUUUUUUUUAAGCAUAUCGCCCACUUCUACAAAAUCCACAAAAUACUAACACCGAAACUCCUCCCACGACCACAUUUCAAAUAGAGUUGCCAAAGUGUGCGGCAUCUGGACGAAAGAGUGAGGGUGGAGAAAAGGGGCGGAGUCUGGACAUAAAUGAAGAAAAAAAAAAAAUUGUGCGAUUGGUCAAACUCUUACCUUACAGCCAAGUAUUUGUGAUCAGAAACGCCCAGCUUUAAUCGGGGCAGUUCUGUGCGAUGUCACGUAGUACUUGAAAUUGCAGUUCUUGACGGUUUUUGACCAGAAACUUGCGAACAUAUCAAGAUUGCACUGAAAAAAAAGGACUAAUGCCCGUACUCAAAAACACCACACACUCAAUUUAGUAGCAAAAAAAAGUUGAUUUAGUUCCACUUUAAAGGUGCACCACGUAACUUUUCAAUUGGGGGACCUUCAUCUGCUGGUUUUCUAUGGAUAUGUCAUUGCUCUUCUUCAAAUAUUCCACAGUAUGGCUUAAUGUGAAGGAUCUACCUUGCAUUUAAUCAAUUGCAGGUAGUUUUAUUGCUCAAAAAUACGUACAAAAACAGACUUUAAAACAGACUGUAACUUGGUUUUGUUUGGUCUCCAUGAUGAUAAAAAGAUUUAAGACCAUGUUUCACAUUCCAGACACUAAAGCAGGUGGCGGAUCCUCCACCGGAAAAGUUUCACAAUGCACCUCGCAACGUGUGGUUUCUAGACUUAUCUGAUUCUGAUCAAGUUCUGUGUGAUGUCACGUAGUACUUGAAAUUGCAGUUCUUGACGGCUUUUGACCAGAAACGUGCAAACAUCUAGAUUGCAGUACUCAAAAAAAAAACACCAUACACACAGUUUAAUAGCAAAAAGUUCCACUUUAAAGGUGCACUACGCAACUUUUCAGUCAGAGGUCCAUCACCUGCUUGUUUCUAUGGAUAUUUCAUUGCUCUGCUUUGAUUGUUCCACAGUAUAAACAGAUCUACCUUGCAUUUAUUCAAUUGCAGGUAGUUUUAUUGCUCAAAUACCUUCACAAGUCUCAUUUGGUCUCCAUGUUAAAAAGAUUUAACGCCAUACUGUGAAACAUUCCAGAUGAAGCAAUAACAUCUCCAUGGACUAAAGCAGGUGGCGGACCCUCCACCAGAAAAGUUUGCACCUUUAAACUUCUGAUUUCUAGACUCCUCUGACUCCUAUCAAACUCUGUGUGAUGUCACGUAGUACUUGAAAUUGCAGUUCUUGACGGCUUUUUGACCAGAAACAUGCAAACAUAUCUAGAUUACCUUACUCAAAAAACACCAGACGCACAGUUUAGUCGCAAAAAAAAAGGUUGAUUUAGUAGAUUUAGUUCCACUUUAAAGGUGCAGUACACAACUUUUGAGUCAGGGGUCCAUCACCUGCUUGUUUCUAUGGAUAUUUCAUUGCUCUGCUUUGAUUGUUCCACAGUGUAAACAGAUCUACUUUGCAUUUAAUCAAGUGCGGGUAGUUUUAUUGCUCAGAAAUACCUAGAAAAAUCGGCUUUCUGACAUGUCACUUGAUUUCGUUUGGUCCAGACGAAGCAAUGACAUUUCCGUGGACUAAAGCAGGUGGCGGACCCUCCACCGGAAAAGUUUGCACCUUUUAAACUUGCGAUUUCUCGACUCCCCUGACUCCUAUCGAGGGUCGUAGCAUCCGUAUAAACCGAGCAAUUUGUCCGUGAUGAGAGCGAGUUGAAGAUGCUGGACUUUCUAGUGUAUUUUCCAAAGAGACAAAGUGUACACUGCAGCAUAUAUACAGGAGAAUGCAGAGAAAUCUUUUUUUUUUUCUCCUCCGUCUCCCACGCGCUUCACUCUCUCAUUAUGCUCACUCCCACAGCCAAACUGCGCACAAGACACCUCAUACCUGACAACUUUGCCAUCUUCUGACAUAAACCCACACAGUUGCAUUGGCAUAGCACGUGGCAAAACAGGCACUGCGCAAAAAAAUCGUAUUCAACCGUUUUUGGUCAAUACCGAAGUGAUGUAACACAGCUUCUCAUUUUUUUUUUUUUUUUUUUUUUUUCUUUUCCUCCUCAUACCCGAAAAUCAAAGUGCCACACACCGACACGUACAGUACACAAUCUGUUCAGACUCAGUUUUUAAAAGAUUUCCAGUCGUUUCAUGAAAAUGCCACAGCGCCGACCUCCUCCCACCCUCAGGUCGGCGUUAAAAGCUUUUACCGACUUGGAUUUCUUACACGCCUACCAAAAUAUGUUGUUUUUAACUUUGGUAGCCCCCCCCUUGUUUCUCUCCUUCUAAACGUCGACUCCCCCGUGAGACACAGACGCCGUCACAAGUCCUCCCCCUGAAUCCAGACAAAUAGCUUUUAUAGCAAUUCACAGGAUCAAAGUACUAGGUCUAGCGCAAGGUUAAACAAACAAUAUCUUGAUGUUUUCGUUUCAUUUUUCUUCCUCUGAGUCUCGCACACACACUGGCCACAAACGCAACCCCAAUUUAGGAGAAGUUGGGACACUUGUAGAACAGAAUGCUGUGAUUUUCAAGCCAGACAAGCGAAAAUAAAAUUGUCAAAUGGGAAGGCGACAGCGGCGACAAAUCGGUAAAGGUUAGGACAGAGAAACGGUAAUUUGCAGAUGUUUUUAUUGCACAUUUACAUUUAUUUACAGACAUUUAUUGCAUGUUUACAUUUUUAGGAAGAUUUUAGUCGAGGAAAUUCAUCCAAAUAUAAGGUCUAGUCCAAGAUUUGGAGGUGCGUCCAAAGGUUUUGCAUUUCUUUUUACAUUUUUUUGCAUUUCUUUAACCUUUUAAUUCAGUAGAGAUUGGCUAAAAUUCUCCAAAUGAUUCUAGUGAAGGUGUAUGGAGUUUAAAAACACAAUGGAGCACUUCCUGUAUUACCACGUGACAUCAUAAGGUGGAGCAGUGUUUUCCAUUUGAGAGGAAAAACUCUAAAUAUGCAGAGUUUGUGCGUUAAACGUGUGAACGAAACGAAACAAAACCCAACUCCAGGUUUGUUUUUGACGAAGAAACAACUUUAUAACACAAAUUAGAAAAUAGUUUAACUUGGGCCCGUUAAAUUUGACAUAUUAGUUGUCCGUAAUAAUACAAAUUUUGACUUUCCUUUUAUUCAAAAACAAUCACAGCUCGCUCUUUGUUGCCUGUCCUACUUCCCGAAUUCAAAACGAUUUGUCAUAAAAGAUUAAUAUCGGCUUCAACACCUAAAAACAUUUAUAAACCAACGCGUUCUAUCGCCAUUUGCAUUUAAAAGUGUCCCAACUUUUUCUGAAUUGUGGUUCAAACGAAGCCUUAACAUCUCACAGCAUUCAAAGACCACCCCUUUUCUGUGUACAUAGUAUAAAUAUAUAAAUAUGUAGCCGAGAAAAGACUUACUAAUUUAUGGCGUCACGUUUGUGUAUUUCUCAGUGACAGCAAAUACCGCAUGAAGGAUUUCGUUUGGUUUUUCUUUUCAGGAUUCUCCUCCUCUGUUCUUUUUGCAGUGCUUUAUAAUUUAUGUUUUUCCGAGUGCUUUAUUCUCGACUGCCGCGCUGUGACUGAUGCCAAGAUUUUUUUUUUUUUUUAUUUUUUGUAACACUUUAGUUUAGAGACAACAAAUGAAUCGCUAACUAAGAGACAAUUGAUGGACUGGUUAUUCGUUAGUAUUUAGUGUUUAUAAUGGGUGUUAAAUGUUGCUUUUCUGGUGCGGGGUUCACUACCUGCUUGUCUGCGUGGGAAUUGUACAGCCAAGAAUGUUCCACAGUAUGGCAUUAAACGUAUUUUGUAUGUAUUCAAUUGCAAAUGUAGUUGCUAAAAUGCCUGAAAAACAUGUAUUUUUUACUGGGAACAGGGUCACCUUUCCACAGAUCUGACUUGUGACUUGGUCUGGUGGCGUUACCAGCUUGUCUCCAUGGAAACUAUAUAGCUAAAAAUGUUCCACAGCAUGGCAUUAAACGGAUCCAUCUUGAAUUUAUCCGAUUACUAGUGUUUUAGUUGCAAAAAAUGCCUGGAAAAACGUGCGUUCUUACUGCGAGCAGGGUCACCUUUCCACAGAUCUGACCUAUAACUUGACUCAGUGGCGUUACCUACUUCUCUCCAUGGAAAUUAUACGGCCAAGAAUGUUCCACAGUAUGGCAUUAAACUUGAACUAUCUUCCAUUUAUCCAAUCAUUAGUGUUUUAGUUGCAAAAAAAAAAAAAAAAAAAUGCCUUGCAAAAAAUACCUUGAAAACAUGCAUUCUUACCGUGAGCAGGGUUUCCACAGAUCUGACUCGUAACUUGGUCUGGUGGCAUUACCUGCUUGUCUCCAUGGGAAUUAUAUUGCCAAGAAUGUUCCACAGUAUGGCAUUAAACUUUAUCUAUCUUGUGUUUAUCCAGUUGUUAGUGUUUUUGUUGCAAAAAAAUGCCUAGAAAAACAUGCAUUCUUAUUGUGAGCACGGUCACCUUUCCACAGACCUGACUUGUAACUUGGCCUGGUGGCGUUACCAGCUUGUCUCCAUGGAAAUUAUACAACCAAGAAUGUUCCACAGUAUGGCAUUAAACAUAUUCGUCUUGAAUUUAUCGAAUUUCUAGUGUUUUAGUUGCAAAAAAAAUGCCUGGAAAAACUGAAUAUUUCCACAGAUCUGACUUGUAACUUGGCCUUGGUGGUGUUACCGGCUUGUCUCCAUGGAAAUUAUAUUGCCAAGAAUGUUCCACAGUAUGGCAUUAAACAUAUCCAUCUUGCAUUUAUCAGAUCGCAAAUGUUGUAGUUGCUAAAAAUGCAAAAAAUGCCUGGAAAAACAUGAAUUCUUACUAUAAGCAGGAUCACCUUUCCGCAGAUCUGACCUUGCUUGCUUGUCUCCAUGGAGAUGAUAAAUGCAACACUAAGGAACACUCAGAGCCAAGUUAGAAUAUGUUCACGGCAACAAGCUUUUGGUGGACCCUCAACUAGAAUGUUACAUAGUUUAACUUUAAGGGGACGGUUAUGUAACACAUUGGUAAUGAUGCAAAUGAAUAACAUUUAAAAGGGGAAAAUGAGUGUAUUGGCUAAAAAUACUUGUACAUACAGCAAAAAAAUACUUGUAAGUACUUCACAAAUACUACCAAAAUUUACUGUAUACAUUUUACUACGUUAGCAAUUCAUAUGUGAUCACUAAACUAAAGUGUUACCGUGUUUUCUCUGUAAAACGAAACUGUACACAACACGAAACCCCCAAAUGUGCUUUUUUAUCGACUGCUCCGUGUAAAAGCUGUAUUUUUUUGUACUUUUUAAUUUUGUCUUAUUGGAAAAAGAAAAAGAAAAAAAAAAAAAAAGAAAGAAUGGUAAUUGUUAUCACCAUUUGUCAUGUCUUUUUAUUUGUAUUCCGUUGCUAUUAAAGGUUCCUUGAUUUUUGAAAUACUGCCCGUCUGGUCUGGAGUUUGUUUCAUCCGUCUUCUGAAACACUCGAGGAUGACUAAAGAUGUGGGCUGAAGUGAAACGGCAGCCAUUGAUUGUCGCUGAUUACAUUUAUAGAUUAAUUGAUCGCGUUAUGAAGUGCCCUAUGUGUCUCCUGUCAGCCAUCGCUCACUCCGCGGACAGAUCGCUCCGGGAUUUUUUUAUUUUUUUUUCC